AUGCAGAACUAUGGAAAUGAUGCCUCGCGGUGCUGCUGGACGGGUAUGGGCGGCGCACGGAAAAGGGCAGCGAGGCGCAAGGGCUGGAAACGCUUCCCAGGGAGUGAAGCUCGGGACGAUUUCAGAAAAGAAAAACAAGAAGCAAAUGAGACAAGAAGACCGAGGGAAGAUGAGGAGCUGGGAAGCAGGCGACAGCAGUCACGAAAGCAGAUGGCGAAGGCAGCAGGACGCAUGCUUGNACCGGAGAGCGGCCUGCACUGCGCGGACCACAGCGGCCUCGCCUCCACCACCACCGCCACCACCACCACCGCGUCCACCACCACCACUUCCCUGACGCUGCGCCCGUCGAGCCCGGCCGGCGUCAGCACCGUCAGCAGCGCGGGUGGCCUCCUCUCCAGCAGCGGCAGCAGCCCCGGCGGCUUUUGGACACCGGCGUCACACCUCGGCGGCGGCGGCGGCGGCGGCGGCGGCAGCAGUAGCAGUAGCGGCGGCGGCGGAAGCAGCAAGUCCUCGUUGCCGCUGUCCCUGACGUCCCUGAAGGCCGCGUGGAGGAACCUGACGUCCCUGGGCCUGGGGUCGUCGCGGCUGCCGCACCUGGAGCGGCACGACGCGGGCGCCAGCGAGCCCCACGACUACCGCUACACGCACUUCCCCAACAAGAGGCACCACAAGGAGACGGCCUUCGACGAGACGCACAUCCACCUGACGCCCGCCUCGCGCACCUACACGCACCCGCACCGCAGCCCCGUCCCGCCCGCGCCGCACGCGCCCACGCCGCCGCGCCACCACCACACCCCGGCCGAGGCCACCCUCGCCCUCGCCAAGUGCCUUAGGAAACACAGGGAGAAGCAGCAGGCGCGCGCGCUCACGCGGAAGUCCAAGUCGGACAAUGCGCUCCAGAAGAUCGGCGCGCACGUGAACUCGCACUCGGACCAGAACCUGCACAAGGUGUGGCUCAACAGCAUCAACAGUUGCAGUGUGAGCUGCAGCAGCAACAGCAGCAAGAGCAACUCGGUGUUCAGCACCGUGCACUUGUCGGGGGGGAGCGGAGACAGCUGCGGCAGUAGCGGAAGCGGCGGCGGGGGCGGCAGCGGCGGCGGCAAGAAGGGGCGCCACCACCGGUCCAAGUCGCUCGAGCGGCACCAGGGCGCCCGCAUCCACCCCGUGGCGCCCAUCGCGCACCACCGCCACACGCGCUCCCUCGAGAGGAACCACAAGUUCAGGGUCGACCUCCGCGUGCCCUUCCCGACCAAGGACGAGCCGCCCGAGCACCAGGCGCCGCCCCCGCCCCCGUGUCUGACGGCCACGCACGUGCCGUGGGCGCCGGAUGCAGUGCAGGGCAGCAUAGAGCAGGACACGCAGCAGCAGGUGUGGCUGGGCGGCAUGGAGGGCGGGCACGCGGCGGGCGGCGGCGGCUCCUUCAUCAACAAGCCGGCUCGCGGCUGGCUCCACCCCGACCACCAGCUGGCCGAGGAAGGCAUCUGCUACGGCGUCAGG